GUUACGUCAUCGCCUCGCUGCGAGCAGGCGUGUCCUCCUCGCUGCUGGGAAAACAAACGGCAGCGGGUCCUCAGAUCGGCUGCUCCCUCCUUCAACUAAGACCCGGGAUCUAACACCGGACUCCUGUAGCGUCCCACGUCCGGAUGUAUGCCGAACAGGGCGCGAGCGCUUUGCACUGAUCUGAACCCUGAAUGCAACCCACCCUGCUCAACACGAACCACCAUGUCCGACGCUGCUAGCACUGCCUCCACAGACAACAACGGGGACUCGGGGCUAAACGGGUCCUGGGUGGAGUUGGAGAUGAACCGAGCUCAUCAAGCCCAGUCCUCCUUGACGGGGGCUCUGGCCCCGGGCCUGCUGCCCCUCCCUCAGGUGGAGGAGGAAGAGGCCAUUGUGGGGGGGCUGGAGCAUGUCCCGUCCUCUUCCUCAAUCCACAACGGAGACAUGGAGAAGAUCCUGUUGGACGCCCAGCACGAGUCGAGCCGCAGUAACUCGUCCUGCGACAGCCCCCCACGGCCACACUCCCCCCAGGAUGAGGGACAGAUCAUCUUUGACGUGGACGCCAGAAGAGACAGUCAAUCUGAAGAGGAAGUCUUGGACAAAGAGAGGGACAUGGACAUCCUCAUGAAGGACGCAGAUUGGGUCGCCGACUGGUCCAGUCGACCGGAAAACAUUCCCCCCAAGGAAUUUCACUUCCGUCACCCUCGGCGUUCCGUUACACUCAGCAUGAGGAAGACUGGUGUCAUGAAGAAAGGAGGAAUCUUCUCCGCAGAGUUUCUCAAAGUCUUCAUCCCCUCGCUGCUGCUAUCACACAUAAUCGCUCUGGGGCUCGGCGUCUACAUUGGAAAGAGGCUGACCACGCCCCCCACCAGCUCCUUCUGAGCCCCCAACUGAAGAAAAGUGCCUGGGAGGUGGCCACGAGAAAGUUUUGCUGUUGUGAGAAUGCCCUCCUCUCCCCUCCCCCCUUCAGUCCUGCCUGCGCCCCCCUCCCCCUCCAGCCUGAGAUAUGACAUGUUCUCAGGAGAAAUGCAUCUCACCUUUUCCUUCGUCUUCCUUCCUUCCUUCUUUUGGUUCUUUCUUAUAUCUUUGACAAACAGAACUGAGGUUCUUCUCCAGAGUUUUCAGAAUGGGGGGGUUUAACCGGGAGGGAUAAAAGCGUUGAACCAAACUCCUGUACUGCUGUGCCACGAGCAGCCCAGCACUCCACCUGCAGACAAUUCCACCAAAUCCAAACGACUGAAAAUGUCCUCAUACCUUUUUUUUGUUGUUUUCCGUUGUCGUCGUUUGUUGUGUUGUUUUACAGUUCGACUGUUUGUUAAGCCGUUUUCAGUCGGUGCGUCCCGCGUGCCACAAGAGAAGCACCACGACAGGAAAGCCGGGCGGUGCAUAGAUGGCAGGCGAGCGGCGCCCUCCCUUCAUUUGUGUUGCUUGUGUGAUUCACCCAAAACCAAUCAGACUCUGCGUUGUCGUCAGAUGUGUAACAGGAUCCCUGCAGCGAGCUUCAGUCCGAAAGUGGGACCUUUUUUCAGAGAAACAAGGCAAUAAAACUCACAUACAUUAUGGUUUGUUUUUUACAAGUUUUAAAAAAAAGUAAUAAAGAUGAAAUUCUACGUUUAGCCAAUCCUCACUCCAGAAUGUUUGCCAAAAAUGUGUUCAAUACCAAGAGAGAAAAACUCUCCUGAUAGAGACGCUCGACUCAGGUCUGAGUGGGACUUCCACUGCGGAGUCUUAUGGAAGAAGACGUGGAGAGUUGAUGCCAGAGUCUGACGAUGUUGGGGUGGCGUGUCCUGAUGCUGAGCUGUGGUGGUUUCAUUGUCAUCCUUUAUUCUAAAGUACGGGGUUUAAACUCUGGACCUCGAGGGCCGGCGUCCAUCAUGAUUUCCAACAACCUGCCAUUGAAGAUCCUUAUUGGCUAAACGCACCUGAUCCAGGUGAUCAGCAGCAGACGAGACAGGAUUUCUGGGAAAGGAUGCCGCUCCUCGAGGUCUGGAGUCUGAGACCUUCAGUUACAUCAGAAAAACCCAAACUAUCUCCAAGUGUCGACAGAUUUGUUCGUUCUGACGCGGGCGUUGCUGCAAUUUCCAGGAGAGCUAAUCAUUUUUUAGGGGUUACGCAGUUCCUUUUUAAACUGUGUCACCUGAUCCAAAUACUUCGUCCCGUUUCCUCGACUUUGUCAAACCUCAGAUUGACAGAAAAAUUCCGACUGAAACAGUAAAACGAGCCUCCUCACAAAGCUGUUUGUCUGUUUUGUACGCGCGGCGUUUGAAAGUGUAUUUGGGAUUUCCCCGUCUUGUGUUUUGAAAACCUUUUUCUCCCCUCGAUGUUAAAAACGACUAUGAACGCACAGAUUUAGAGUCAAGUUUGACUAAAUUCACAGAAGCUCUUUGUUGAUUUCAGUGCCUGAUGAAUGGUAGGAAGAGCUCCCUCAGACUCUGAUCAGCUGAUCUGCAUUAUUAUGAUAAUGUAUUUGCUUUAUUGUUUUCCCCGUACAUUGGAGAAACAGAUAAAGACCGUCAUUAAAAAUGACCUGAAAGAAGA